AGUAGAGAUUGGGAAGGGCAGCAGAAGAGAAGCCAAACGUUUAAGCUGAUAAUUCAACAGAAUUUUUCUCUGAAUUGAGGGCUCAGAGUGGAGCCAUCAUGAGUGAUGUUACCAUUGUGAAAGAAGGCUGGGUUCAGAAGAGGGGAGAAUAUAUCAAAAAUUGGCGGCCAAGAUACUUCCUGUUGAAGACAGAUGGUUCUUUCAUAGGGUAUAAGGAGAAGCCCCAAGAUGUGGAUCUACCGUAUCCCCUCAACAACUUUUCUGUGGCAAAAUGCCAGCUAAUGAAAACAGAGCGACCGAAGCCAAAUACAUUUAUUAUUAGAUGUCUUCAGUGGACAACUGUCAUAGAGAGGACAUUUCAUGUAGACACUCCAGAGGAACGGGAAGAAUGGACAGAAGCCAUCCAAGCUGUAGCAGACAGGCUUCAGAGGCAAGAAGAGGAGAGAAUGAACUGUAGUCCAACAUCACAGAUAGACAAUAUAGGAGAGGAGGAGAUGGAUGCUUCCACAACCCAUCAUAAAAGAAAGACAAUGAAUGAUUUUGACUAUUUAAAACUACUGGGGAAAGGCACUUUUGGCAAAGUUAUUUUGGUCCGAGAGAAGGCAAGUGGAAAAUAUUAUGCGAUGAAGAUUUUGAAAAAAGAAGUUAUUAUUGCAAAGGAUGAAGUGGCUCACACUCUUACAGAAAGCAGAGUAUUAAAAAAUACUAGACACCCUUUUUUAACGUCUUUGAAAUAUUCCUUCCAGACAAAGGAUCGUUUGUGUUUUGUGAUGGAGUAUGUUAAUGGGGGAGAGCUGUUUUUCCAUUUGUCGAGAGAGCGGGUGUUCUCUGAGGACCGCACACGCUUCUAUGGUGCAGAAAUUGUCUCUGCUUUGGACUAUCUGCAUUCCGGGAAGAUUGUGUACCGUGAUCUCAAGUUAGAAAAUCUAAUGUUGGAUAAAGAUGGCCACAUAAAAAUUACAGAUUUUGGACUUUGCAAAGAAGGAAUCACAGAUGCAGCUACUAUGAAAACAUUCUGUGGUACACCAGAAUACCUAGCUCCUGAGGUAUUAGAAGACAAUGACUAUGGUCGUGCAGUGGACUGGUGGGGCCUGGGAGUUGUCAUGUAUGAAAUGAUGUGUGGGAGAUUACCAUUCUACAACCAGGAUCAUGAGAAACUGUUUGAACUAAUACUAAUGGAGGACAUAAAAUUCCCUCGAACUCUCUCGUCAGAUGCAAAGUCAUUACUUUCGGGUCUCCUGAUAAAAGAUCCAAAUAAACGCCUUGGUGGAGGCCCAGAUGACGCAAAAGAAAUUAUGCGACAUAGUUUUUUUGUUGGAGUAAACUGGCAAGAUGUAUAUGAUAAAAAGCUUGUACCUCCUUUUAAACCUCAAGUGACAUCUGAGACAGACACCAGAUAUUUUGAUGAAGAAUUUACAGCUCAGACGAUUACAAUAACUCCACCUGAAAAAUAUGAUGAGGAUGGUAUGGACUGCAUGGACAACGAGAGGCGACCACAUUUCCCUCAGUUUUCCUACUCUGCAAGCGGACGAGAAUAACUUUUUUGUUUGUUUGGUUUUUUUUUUGUUCUGCUUCACUGUCAUCUUAGGUUUAUCACUGAAAACGAUUCCUGAACAUCACCACCAGUACUAGCCAUGAAGAUUGCAGGGGCACUUUCAGAGGUCAUUCAAAAUUGAAAAGUUCCCUCCUUCUCCAACAGGCCUUUUUGUUUUUUGCAUGAAAUUUUGUAUCAGUCUGAGGUCUCCUCCUGUUGCUGCUCCCACUGUCUCAGUAUAAUAGCAACGUCAAGAAGUAAUUUUGAAAUCUUUUGAAGUCAGACGACUUAAAUCCUCCAUUGUAUACAGUGGGGACUAAAAGAAACGUUGGUUGCCGAUGCAUUUUCUCAUUUCUUCUAGAAGACAAAUCAGAAUUGUAAUUAGUCUAAAAAGAUGAGUUUAUAAUGUUUUCUUGCAUCUGUUUGUGCUGGUCAGAACAAGGAAAGAUAGGGGGUGGUGAUGUAAAUAUGCAAGGUUUUUGUUAGGCAUAUCAUUACUUGAAGCAGGUCUAUGUCAUUAACAUCUGGCUGGAAUGCGUUUGGGAAACAUUUGAGAGAAGAACUUGUAACUGUUCAUAUAUAUAUAAAUAUAUAUAUAUAUAUAUAAAUAUUAUUUUUUAAUUACUGUUGGAUGCUACAGAAGAAGCAGAAGGGCUGGGCUCACCCAGCCUGCUACUUAGACUUCCAGAUUCACGUGCAAUCAUGGAGAAUUGAACAUUCUACGUGCAAGAAACGAAGGCAUAAAAGCAGCAUUUGAAGUUGUUUAAAGGUCUUAUAAUUUGCACCAGAUAACAUCUUUCUCAUGCUUUUCUCUGUCUUUCUUGAUAUACAUCACCUCGGAUGGCUGAAGAAUGUAGACAGGCAUAAUGGUAUUGCUUUUCACCAAAAUUUGUGCACCAAGGUAAACAGGUGUUUGCCAUAUUUGUUUUUAUUUUGAGUUUGUGAAUUAGCUUUUCUCCAGGUGUUUAACUCUGAAUAUAUAUAUAUAUUUUUUGUUAUACCACAGUAGUAUUUAUUUUUAGUGAUAAGGAUUGUAUGCGUCAUGUUUGCAAAUGCUGCUACAUCUUAGAACAGGCUUACAGCAGUUUAUUUUGUAAUAUAUGGAAGGACUGUACAAGCUGAAGAGAAUAACGCACUUUUUCUCCCAUGUGGAAAUUUUAACAAGGCUCUGAAAUUGUACAUAUUACUUAGAAUUGGGCUUUUGUGGAUGAAAUACUGUCAUAUAAUUCUUUGGUGCUGUAGAUGAGGACAUUCCAACUCCAUGUGCCAAGAGGUCAAAAAUGCUAUGUCUGUGCUCCACUAAAGUAAUAUAAAAGCCUGGCAGCACAAUAGAAAUUUUUGGUUUUAUAUGGAGAAAAUACAUUCAAACAAUUGAGACCACAAUGAUUGCAAGAAAAGCACUUUAUUAUAAUUCUGCAAACAGUAGAUUGAUGGGAACAUUUGCCCUGAACCAAGUAGGUAAUGAAACCCAGCAUGUGAAGUAUGACAAUGAUAACUGACUGACUGAAUUUAAAACCAUCAUGGUAAACACCACACUGAAAGGAAAAUGUUGUCUUUUCAUUUCUAAAGAUCUGUAUUUAGCAGGAUGUGUGCACAAACCUUAGCUUCGUUCUUCAUUAAAGAUCAUUUUAAUAAUAAACCUUUUGGUGCUAGGAGUUGGGAUAUUCCAAAGCUGCCAGGAAGUGCAGUAAGGGUGAGUAUGUGCCCUUGCUAACGACAUCAGAAAACCCUGGGAUUAUUAUUGAAGAACCUUGUUAGCUCCCAUGUAGAAUGUGAUAUUACAGAGUAUUAUUGAUAGCAUUGUGUCACUUGGUAAAUGACUUUUGAAAGAAGAAAUGUUCAUAUGCAGAUGCCUUAUCCUCUUGCUGUUUAAAGUUUAGAUAUCUUAGCAUGAAGAUCACUGCUGGCAGUGGAUGUGCUGAGGUGGUCAAGGGGUAGAUGGGCAUUUUAGCAAGGCAGCUAAGACAGACUCAUUCAGAUAAUUUUUCAUGUUUCUACCUAAGCAAAGUUUUAUCUUUAAUAAUCAACAGAUAAGAGGUGUAUCUUUGUGUAUGCGCUAACCACAUAAUCUCACCCUAUCACCUUGUAACACUACUCAUCUUUAGAGAAUGGCACUUCAGAGGGAAAGGUGCACAGUAAAUACAUUGUAGGUCUAUUCUGCACCUUUUUCUAAAAAUGUCUACACUGAAAUAGUGAUGAUUUAAAUGAACUAAUUAGUAAAUAGAGCAUUGAAUAGUUCUCUAGAAAUGCCUCAUAGAUGCAAACAAACUGUGUUGAUUAAAAAUCUCCAGUAUAUGCCUCCAUUUUCCUCUCUAAUUUUCAGUUUGUGUUAGCAAUAAAUACCUUGUGCAUUUCUUGAAGUUAAUGAGAAGCCAGGGUUGUGCUUUGGGCUGAUGGUUCCUCAUGUGUAGGACAGGCCCCAUGGCUAGAUCAUUAUUGCUUAUGUAGUUGGAAUGUAGUUUGCAGUAAAUAUCAAUUAGUGAAUUAUUUGAAAAUUUUAAGACUUCACUCUGAAUUGCAUAACCUGUCUCAACAAUUACCUUUUAUCAAGUUUAUUACAGACACAGUUAAUAUUAACUGAAUGCUGCCUGGAGUUUGGGAAUUCCUGACUUCUGCUACCAGGGUUCGAAAUAGACAAAAGAGAAAUCUCAAAGCUGUGCUGAGAGAGAUGGCUGAAGCAUCUCUCUCUUCUGCUUGUCCUCAGCUGUAGUUUGGACUUGGACAGCAGUUGGUAGCUGGUACCUUGAGCCUUCCAAUCAUAGUACAUUUCAGACUUUGACUCCAGCUUGUACUGACUUCCAUGACAUAUAGUAUGCCCUCUUAUACUGCAGCCAUCUUUGAGGAAAUGUGUCAUUUCUGUUUGGAUUUUGGCAGUUUUGCACACAGCUUUGCUUUCCACACUAAUCCAAUACAUUCCUGUUGCUAAAGGAACAUUUAUUCCAGUAUUGUUUUACAUUUUUCUUUUGACAUGUCAUGUCAUCUUUAUUUGUGGCUUCUUAAAGCUGACUGUUCUUGCAGGGGCCAUGUGCUUCUCCUAGAGUACAAAAGUAAGGUCCUUCCUUACUAACUGCAGGGUCUAUAUGUUACACCUCAAUGUACACACUUUGCUGCUACUGUUUGUACUGUCUACAGUAGAAUUUCCUUAUCUUGCUCCUGGUAGUGCAUUACAGGCAAGCAUGAAAUGUAAAGUAUUUAUUUAAAUAAAAAACCUCUAAAUUGGUAAUUGAAUUACCUCCCUGUAGCUUUAGAGUUUGACAUUUCUUGAUCUUGCUAGUUCUUUCAUUAGAUACAUGCAAGAUCUAGUCAUGUGGUUAAGGAUAUUAAGCAGACAACUAUGAACCCAAGAAACCGUAUUACUGUUGGUCAUACUUAAACUGUUUAUUUCCUUAAGUAUAUGACCCACAAGGAUGUGAAAUAACUACAAGAAACUGUUUUUGUACACUGUACAUCCUUAGUAUUUUUACACGUAUAUGAUAGGGAUGCACAUUAUUUUCCUUCGUACAGACAGCUUAAAUAAAGCACUAUGUCAAUCUGCUACUUCUGUGUUUAUUAAUGCUGCUUUUGUU